AUGAACUCUUUUGUACUCUCCACUCUUUUGAUCGCUUUCUUUGUUGGCACUUCAUCAGCAUACCCUAAGCAACAGCAGCCACAAGCCAGAAAUGGACAAGGAGACGACUACUGGUUUGCAUAUGGAAACAACAACAAUUACGAUUCCACUAUGGAUACCCAAUAUGAAACUAUUCAUCAGCAACUGAAAAACAGUAACCAGCAAACUAUUGAUGAUUACAAGUCCGGAGCUUUGAAUGAUGAACAAUUCAAAACUCAUAUGUACAUCAACAAUUACGAAUAUGAACAAGGAGUUAGUGAUCUUCUCACUUCAUCAAUCCAAAACUUGGUACGAGGUGUUAGCGGCAGCAUUAGCAGCACAGUUCGACCUGAUCGCCAACAAGCCAUCACCAGAUUGUAA